UACAGGCUACAGCUGCGGAACCACGGCCACUGUUUUCAGUGACAGAAAUUGUUUAUCAACCACAACUUAAUGCCACGUUUGAAGUUGUCGCAAACGGCAGUGAAAGUUUCAUCAGCAGCUGUUUCCGGGAUGGGAGGAGUCAGUCACGUGGGGGCGGGACGCCCCGCCCCCCGCUGAUCUGGCUGUGAUCAAUCAUACAGACUUCAUACAAGUCUCUUUACAGAGGUGCUGCACAUAGGAGUUUGUGUAUAUAACUUCUGGACUUCUGGAGCUGAAGCUUGUAAAGUGACCAUGCUGCUGCAAAGGCUGAACCUCUGCUCAACAACCCCACCGCUGUCACAGAGACACAUAUCCCGGUUGCUCACCAGACUUCUGAGACAAGCUUCCCAGAGCAGGGUCCAGGGCAGCUCCCUUGCACAUCGUGGUGAACUGCGUCAGGCCAAGAGAAUCGUGGUUAAGCUCGGCAGUGCGGUGGUCACCCGUGGAGAUGAGUGCGGUUUGGCUCUGGGAAGGCUGGCUUCCAUUGUGGAGCAGGUGGCUAUGCUUCAGAAUCAAGGCAAAGAGAUGAUGAUUGUCACCAGUGGAGCCGUGGCCUUCGGCAAGCAAAGACUAAGACACGAGAUCCUGUUGUCCCAGAGCGUCCGACAGGCGCUGCAUUCUGGACAAAGUCAGCUCAAGGACAUGUCCCUGCCAGUGCUGGAGGCCCGAGCCUGUGCUGCAGCCGGACAAAGCGGCCUGAUGGCGCUGUACGAGGCCAUGUUCACGCAGUACAGUACAUGCACUGCGCAGGUCCUGGUGACGAAUCUGGAUUUCCACGAUGACGAAAAGAGGCAGAACCUCCGCAGUACGCUGCAGGAGCUGCUCCGUAUGAACAUCGUGCCCAUCAUCAACACCAAUGACGCCGUGGUGCCUCCGCCAGAGCCCAACUGUGACCUGCACGGGGUAAAUGUGAUCAGCAUUAAGGACAAUGAUAGCCUGGCAGCUCGGCUCGCUGUAGAGAUGAACGCUGACCUGCUCAUCGCCCUGUCUGACGUGGAAGGUUUAUACAACAGCCCUCCUGGAACAGAUGACGCCAAACUCAUUGACAUCUUCUACCCUGGAGACCAGCAGUCCAUCACCUACGGCACAAAGUCCAGAGUUGGGAUCGGAGGAAUGGAGGCCAAGGUCAAGGCUGCCCUUUGGGCACUGCAAAGUGGCACCUCGGUGGUCAUAGCGAAUGGCACCAACCCCAAAGUAACAGGUCAUGUCAUCACUGACAUUGUGGAGGGCAAGAAGGUGGGAACCUUUUUCUCUGAAAUCAAACCUGCUGGCCCGUCUGUGGAGGAUCAGACAGAAAUGGCACGGAACUCUGGAAGGAGCCUGGCGUCUUUGCAGCCUGAGCAGAGGAGUGAGAUAAUCUGCCAUCUAGCAGACCUGCUGACCGAGAGGAAGGAAGGCAUUCUGGCUGCAAACAAGAUGGACAUGGAGCUGGCUGCCAGUGCAGGUCAUUUGUCCCCAGCGAUGCUGAAGCGCCUGAGCCUCUCCCCUGCCAAGAUCAACAGUUUGGCCGUCGGUUUGCGUCAGAUCGCUGUAGCAGCCCAGGACAGCGUGGGCCGCGUGCUCCGCAGGACCAGGGUGGCCAACAAUCUGGAGCUGAAGCAGAUCACGGUACCCAUCGGUGUUCUUCUGGUCAUCUUUGAGGCCCGACCCGACUGUCUGCCGCAGGUCUCAUCACUUGCCAUAGCCAGUGGCAAUGCACUUCUGUUGAAAGGCGGAAAAGAGGCUGCCAACACCAACCGCGUCCUGCACCAGCUCACUCAGGAAGCCCUUUCUAUGCACGGAGUCUCCGAGGCCGUCCAGAUGGUGAGUACCCGUGAGGAGGUGGAGGAUCUGUGUCGCCUGGAUAAGAUGAUUGACCUGAUUAUCCCCCGCGGUUCGUCCCAGCUGGUGCGGGAGAUCCAGCGGGCGGCCAAAGGCGUCCCAGUACUGGGUCACAGUGAGGGAAUAUGUCACGUCUAUGUCGAUGUGGAUGCAAGUAUUGACAAAGUCAUAAAAAUUGUAAGAGACUCCAAGUGUGACUACCCAGCUGCAUGUAACGCCAUGGAGACGCUACUAAUUCACCGGGACAUUCUCAGGACCCCACUGUUUGACCAGAUCAUUGAUAUGCUGCGCACUGAACGGGUGAAGAUUCAUGCAGGCCCCCGGUUUGCUUCAUACUUGACGUUCAGCCCUUCAGAGGCCAGCUCUCUGCGGACGGAGUACGGUGACCUGGAGUGUUGCAUGGAGGUGGUGGACAGCAUGCCUGAAGCUGUUGAGCAUAUACACAAGUAUGGCAGCUCCCACACAGAUGUUAUCAUCACAGAAAAUGAGGAGACAGCUGAGCAGUUCCUGCAGCAGGUGGACAGCGCCUGCGUUUUCUGGAAUGCAAGUUCACGUUUUGCUGACGGCUACCGGUUUGGACUAGGAGCAGAGGUGGGUAUAAGCACGGCUCGUAUCCAUGCCCGGGGGCCCGUAGGCCUGGAAGGGCUUCUCACCACCAAGUGGGUCCUCAGAGGUGAUGGACACACAGCGGCCGACUUCUCAGAGCACGGGACUAUGAAGUUCCUCCACGAAAACCUGCAUGUGGGACAGACUUUAGCUGAACAGAGGGACAGCAGCUAGGCCAGAGAUUUUGACUAUCUUCACCUUAUUGUUUCUCAAAAUUGCAUGCAUUAUCUUACAUAAGCUCCCAAGGAUCUUGGUGAAGAUGAUGUGAAGUUAUAAAUCUCUGAAGCAAACAUUGCAGUAGUCAGUAUCUGCAGAAUUAGACAAUUCAGAUGAUUCUGAGGCUUUCAUAUAUCCAUAAGAUGGGUAAGUCGCCCCUGUGGGAGGCACUAUGUAGAAAUCACUACUCUGUAUUCAGAAUAAUCCUUCAUCAAUGGAAGCUUUGACCAAGACGGAGUAAAUGUCAAAGGAAGGGUUU